AACGUCAAACUCAGAUCACUAUCAUCUCUCAUGCACGAGAAAUUAUAUAAGCUAGCGCACAGAAACAGAGGAGAUCUAUGCCAUGGACUUGCGUUCUGAUUCAUCUACUAGAUCUUACCUUUAUUCUUCAAUCCUUCCCUACGCUUUCUUCCGUCUUUUCCUUCCUCCUCCCAUCACUCGCACCACCUUCUCUCUCUCUCUCUCUCUUCUCCUAUACCAAUGGCAGCCGUUGUGACAUGCUUCAGCAAGUUCCUUUCUAUCUUCCUCCUCCUACUUCACCUUGGUUGCUUCAUUUUCAGCACCACCACCGACCGCCAGCAUUCGAGAAGAUGUAAAUCGUUUCACCUGAUCUCUCUCCCCUUUCAUUCAAAACCCAACAGAGCCUACUCCUCUUGGUCCUUCUUCAAACGCAUCUUCUCCUCCAUAUCCUGCAAAACCAGCGGCUCCCCUCAAACCCAACCAAUAACUCUUACCACCCUAUCAUCCGGUCGAUCAUCCCAGCAUUCCGCACUCCCCAUUAUCCAGCCAGAAUCCCCCUUAUCGCAUUACUCUUUCCAAGAAUCGGACAUCUCAUUCGAUAACCCAUUCUUUCCCCUCCGUAACGAUAUCUUCCCCUGCACAGCCUGCGGCGAAAUCUUCCCAAACCCUCAUCUUCUUGAGCAACACCAGGCGAUCAAACAUGCUGUUUCGGAGCUCGCAGAUGGUGAUUCGGGAAAGAACAUCGUCCGUACCAUAUUUCAGACAGGUUGGACUGACGACGUGAAGAGCCUAAAAAUCAAUCGGAUUUUGAAGAUCCAAAACAGCCCGAUGAUACUUUCGAAGUUCGAAGAGUAUAGAGAGUCGGUGAAAGCUAAAGCCGCGCGAAUCGACGGAGUUCGGAGAAGAGACGAAAGGUGCAUAGCCGACGGCAAUGAGCUGUUGAGGUUCCACUGCUCGACGUUUCUCUGUGAUUUGGGACUGAAUGGGAAUUCCGGCGUUUGUGACCGGCAGUACUGCAGCGUGUGCGGGAUUAUUAAGUCCGGGUUCUCCCCCAAGUUGGACGGAAUUUCCACGCUAUCAACCAGCUGGAGUGCACACCUGGCAAUUCCGGAGGAGAUCGAGGAGUUCAGGCUCUUGAACGUGAAGCGGGCAGUGCUGGUUUGCCGGGUCGUGGCGGGUCGGAUCGGGUGCGAUUCGGACGAUGAGGUGGAGAAGGAGGACGGUGGGUUUGACCCGGUGGUCGGGAGGGGGGCCCACGCUAGAAUUGACGACGAGGAGCUGCUGGUGUUUAAUCCAAGGGCCGUGCUUGCUUGCUUUGUGAUUGUGUAUACUGUGUGAGUAUGAAUUGAGAUCGUGCGGUCAGCUUUUGUUAAUCAUGAAUGUUCUUUAUUA